AUGCAGUCAUCAGAGGCUGCCUUCGCUCAGGCUUUUGAAGUUACCCCGCUUCAGCAAAUGAAUUGUCGCUACUUUGCCCUUGGUGCGUGCAAGUAUGGCGAUGGGUGCCGGUACGGCCAUCCUGAACCAAUAAGAAAGAUACCAAACGAUGAAUUUGCGGCACUCGAGAUAAGCCAUGAGCCGACCUCAGACUCCAGGCAACAAAUCCCCUGCAAAUUCUUUGCAUGGGGUCAUUGUAAGAGAGGUCUGGCAUGCUCUUUUGCUCACGCAGCAACGCCAGAGCAUUCCCAACACGCAAACGAGGAUUUCGAGGAGCCAGAAGAUGGCGACAGCGGUGCGAGAGAGUUAGGCGGUGCGAUCGUGCAAUUUGGAGACGGAGCCACGGUCUCGGCGGUCUCGCUCCGAACCGAGUUUUACUCCUUUCGCUUGAACUACCUGCCAGGAGGGGCAACCUUGGAAUCUGUUGCGGCCUUGCUGGCUGAUGUGGGUGUUAAUAUUGAGCCAAACAAGACUCGUGUUACUGCCAUGACCGGCAACGACGCCUCCGUCUGCUCAUCAGCCGAAAUCAACACAGCAGAGCCAACAUCCCUAGAGGAAAUGCGGAUGAAAUUUGUCGCUGUUCCAGGAGGCAAAGAUAUUGAAGUCGUGGGCAUUCCCCAACGCAUUGUGCAAAGUUCAAAUACUCACACCAUCGACUGCCGGAGAGUCCAUUGCUCUUGGUAUCGUCCAGUCCGCACUGCUUGGCUGGAUUUUGGAAACGAGUCAAUUGCGGAGAGAGUUUCACGGGGGUUUCGAUCGGGAAGAUACAAAAUCGGCGACCGGGAAGUUACAGCGUCCGAGCCCAGUGGAACAACCAUGCGCGCUCUUCAGGCAUAUACGGUCACCUUGACUAACCUCCCGCCGUACAUCACGAAGGAGAAGAUACUUUGCAUUAUUGGGAGGAAUCUUCUUCCUCGAAACAUUGAGAUCUCAGAGCCUGCUUACAACGAGGAAGAGGAUACGGCUAUUGCGCAAAUUCAGUCCCUUCUCACAAGCGUUGGUGAAGUUGAGGGAGAUCCAGUUGUGUCAAGAUCUGGCUUGAAGAGAUUCAAAAUACAGGCCAAGUUUGCACACGAAGCUGAUGCACGAACAGCUGUCUCUAAACUACACGAUUCAGCGCUCCCCUUUUAUUCCAGAGGGAGACUCACUGUACAACUGGUAAUCUCAGCCAAAUUCAAGGUGCUCAACCGGGUUUAUCAAGCUGUAGAGCAGCGCAUUAAGGAGCAAAGACAGGCUUGGAUGGAUUCGAAGGCGUUUCUAAGAGUUUACCCUCCUUCCGCGGCUUUUACAUGCCUCAAGCUCGAGGGGCAAGAUGCCAAGCAAGUAGCGUCCGUCAAGCAAGAACUUGACGUGAUUCUAGCAGGUUGCGUCGUCGAACACAACGGGCAGGCUGUGUGGAGAGAGGCCUGGGGCAAAAUGAAGAAUAUCUCCAGCAUACUGAAGCCUAUCGAGCAAGCUUUCGACGUAUUCAUUUGCCGCGACACUCUUAGACGGCAGCUUCGAGCCUAUGGCCCUUCCAAGAGCUGCAUGGAAGCUGCCAAGCGCCUGGAGGAAUUAAUGCAUAUCGAUAAUGAAUUUCGCUUUGAGAUCCCCCUCGGCUCGGGCGAUUUCCGAUGGGCUUGUCAAGGGGGGCAUAACGAACUCUCUUCAGCCCUAGACCCGAAGCCAGUAACACUGGAUGUAGUCUCCAACCCGAAACGGAUCAUCAUUCACGGCAACCAGGAAGAUUACGAAAGGGCAUUGGCAUUGCUCCAUGGCGCGAAGAAGCAACUGACCAGGGUAACGACGACAGAUAAGGACUGUUCGGCCUGCUGGACUGAGGCAGAAUGCCCCGUUCGAACGCAGUGUGGUCAUGUGUACUGCUCUGGGUGCUUUGAAGCGCUUUGUUCAUCGAAGUCUGCCACCGACUCUGAUAUGUUAAUUCGGUGCGUGGGCGCCGAGGACACUUGCAGACGAAUUCUUCCUCUAAGUGAGCUGCGAGAACAUCUCUCAUCCACAACCCUGGAAGACAUUCUGGGUGCUUCGUUCUCGUCUUAUAUCGCCAGGAACGCCUCUGAAUUCCGAUACUGCCCAACUCCCGACUGUGACAUGGUAUACAGAGUGGCCAAGGAGGGAGCCAAAGUGCCCCCGGCUCACACAUGUGGAAAAUGCCUGAUCAGCCUUUGCACAUCCUGCCAUGCAUCGCAUGAGAACCAAAGCUGCGCUGAGCAUAAAUCACAAAUACCCGACCCGAGAGUUGAAACUUUGAAGAAGAACUUGGGUAUCAAGGACUGCCCGAAGUGCAAGACGUCAAUGGAGAAGAUAGAUGGAUGUGACCACAUGACGUGCCAGGGCUGCGGAGCACAUAUCUGCUGGAAAUGCCUGGAGAGUUUCAAAAGUGGCAGAGACUGUUAUGCUCAUUUAAACAGGAUUCAUGGAGGAAUCAUGGACGUGCCCCGUGGGCUCUGA